AUGCGCAACGCGUUCAACACUUUCAAUUCGAUUUUUUUAUGCGAUCUUCUAUGAGAUAUCGUAAAGUUUGCCAUGCCAGCCAAGCGCAUUAAUGGAUUCUAUGUGCCGCGACUGAAACGUGUUUGAAAUUCGCAAAACCAAUUCGACUAAAGAAAGAACUGUGAAAACUGUUUGGGCUCACUAAAUAAACAAAAAAAAAGUGUCAACAAAUAAAGAAAAUAGGUCCAAAAAUCAAUUCAGCAUAAAAAAAAGUCUCUCUUUUACUUCGCACAGCAUGCGUGAACGCAGUCAAACCACACCGCGACGCCGUCGUGUUGGUCCCAAACAGGCGCUGCCCGUGGAGCCCAGCUACAAUAUGGACAACACGGAGCAUAUUUAUGGCACCACAUUGCUGCCAUCGCAGCGUCGCUAUAUGGAUCCCUGGGAUCUGGAGAACUACGAUUAUGUGCGCAAGAAAAUGGACAUAGAUGUGGCGGCGAACGUUUUGCCAGACUACGAAACGGCGCUCGACUACGAACAGGCCUCCCAUUCGCCCAGUCCGACGGCUGCGCCUGUCUAUGGCUAUGGCAAUGGCUUGGCCAUGGCUUCUACCAUGCCACGCCCACACACAAGACGCCUCUCGCGCAGCCAAUGCCAGCUGGAGUGCUGUCGCCUGCCCAGUCGCAGUCGCAAGGAGCUAUUGUAUGCCACACGCAGCGAACUGUAUGGCGCCCCAGUCGCCAGUCGCUAUGAUGACUAUAUGGCCACCAUGACGCGACAGCUGCAUCUGGACGACGAGGACGGGCAGGAGGAGCUGUAUGCCGAACAACGGCAGCUAUACAAUGGCUAUGGAGGCUUUUCCAGCGCCAGCUCCACGGAGCAGCACUCUUCCAUUGGCGAUGAGAUGCCCUCGAUGACGCUGCCCCGCCGAGCGGCCACCCUACAGCGUCGGCCCAUGCCCAGUCAGAGCACGGAGCCGAGCAACAACAACUACAGUGCGGGCUAUGGUACGGCGCCGCAUCCGCGACGCAGACGCAGUGCUGCCACGCCUGGCAAAUCAAUGGCCAUGUUGCAGACGACGCCACAGAUUGACUUCCCCGCACCGCCGCCGCUCUCGCCCGCCUACGACUAUUGCAAUCCAUAUGCUACAAUGCCGUAUUGCAGCCUACCGGAUUGCGCCGAGUGCCAACAGCAGGUGACGUCCCUCAUCUAUGCCGCACCCUCCACACUGUACGGCACCUUGGCGGGCGGACGAACGGCGACCCAGUGCGAUUCGCCCAGCGACUCAUCGCUCUACGCCGGAAUUUAUGCGCGUAAAUUUGGCUUGAGCAAGAAGGGGGUGCUCCAAAUCGACUACUCCUGCAGCUGGAAUGACUUGGAUCGCGUCAUGGGUCGUCAGUACUGAGUAUCCACUGUACUGCACUAGAUCUUGGGUGUUAGGGUUUAGUCUCUAGUUAAACUAUUCUUAGUUAAGAGCGACUCAAAGUCGUCUAUACAUGAGUUAACGAAUUUCAUUUGUACUUAACUCAUCUCACACACACGCACACACACACAAAACAACCCGUACCAAAUAAUUUAAAUUGUUUUAGUAUCGAUUUAGUCGCUCUCCAAGUCACGCAUUAAUCGUGCAAAAAGUCUUCAAGAUUUAUCGAAUAAAGUUGA